UUGCUGAUCCCGACGGUGUCGGUGCUGCGGGUGAGCAAGGAGAAGACAGCGCGCAUCAUCCCCAACGCCAUCGGAGUGGCCACGGGGCUGGAGAAGCACGUUUUCGGCUCGCUGCUGUCGCGCGACUCCACCUACAAGCUCAUGCUGCAGGUGUGGAAGGAGGCGCUGGCGCAGGGGCCGCCAAAGGCCGCGCUGCCCCCCGUGCAGGUCAUGAAGAGCGAGGUGGACUCUGUGAGCGGCGACAUUCAGCUGCCCGAGGACGAGGACUCGUCCAUGUCGGGCAGCGAGCACUCGUGCCCGCCCACGCCCAUCGACUGCCCCACCGACAUCUCCCACUCGGAGGGUGAGUGUCUGCCUCCGCUGCUACCAAUGUCGAUCAUUCUAUCUAGCCACUUGAACAUUCUUGAAGUGCCACUCGUUCCUCUCCUCGGCGGCGAGCCGCUUGCAACGUCCCUCCCCCGUGUAACGCCCGCGUGCGCGCCGUUGGUGUUCAUCGGCAGGGCCGAUCCGGUGCGCCCGCGGCGGUCGAAGUGCCCAACGGAAGCAACUCCUCGCGCCUGGGCGCGCAAGUGUGGCGCACCGGGCGGGCACGGCCCGGCGGGGCCGGUCCGCGGGCUGGGUUGUUCGCCCGCCGCCGCGUCCUCGCCCGCGGCGCGAGGCGCGGGGGCGGCGCUGGCGCGCUCUUCCGCCGGCGGCGCCGUGCGCCGCGCCCGCCCACCUGCUUGCCUCUGCUCCACGGCGCUGCUCGUGCUUCUGUUCCUGUCGGCCGCCUUCCUGCUGUACCGCAUCGGCCGAGUGCAGACGCAGUUCGCCGCGCCCGACCACACGCUCUCGCUCGCCGGCAGCAAUGACAUAUAUCAGGAAAUAUUAAAGUGGCAGACUCAACUACAUUCCAGGUCAGCAAAUGAAGUGCAAGAGUUUCUCAACACCAAUCUCAACCAACUAGCAAAGGUUCGGCAGUCCCUGGAGGCUCUGUCUCUGCUCAUAGUGACCGAAGAACAGCAUUUGCAAAGGCAGCAGAGGCUUCGAAAAGAAACAGAAGCUACUUCCCAGCAACACCAGCAGUACCAACAGCACCACCAUCAUCACCAUCAUCAGCAGCAAGGUGCAGCAGCUCUACCACAUGAUAGGCUCAGUUAGCAGUGGCUCCAAGCACGUGCUUUGGCCCUCUAGAACUGUCUGCUGUGCUUAGUCCGGCACCUCUACCGUCUGCGUGUUACAGGCCCUCCCUGUGUCCAGCGCGACAAUGGUCCAACUAAGGUACCUUGUAGCCAGUGCAAUGAUACUGUGCAAAAGGUUUUGGUCAUUUUUUUUGAAAACUGACUUCCUUGCCACAAAGUUGCUGUUUACCAAGCUUUCAAAACAUGCACAUAUGGUACUUUUGACCAUGGUUGAAAACCACACUUGAAGAAAGAAAGGUGAUUUUACAUGGAGAUCAAAGACAUAACAAUUUUGUCUCUGCCUCCAGGUCAGCAGGUUACAAACAACGAAGUGUGAAAAGCAUUGGAAUGAUCAGAAAGUACUAUAAAAUAGAAUGUCAACUACUGGUGUUUUUAAAACUUGUGUUCAUAAAGCAUGUAAGGUACCUUCCAUUGCAAGCUUUUUAAAAGCAACACCAUAUUGUACCAGCAUAAAAUGAAAUGUGUUGUAAUUUGUAGAAGAUCUUAAACAAAAAUGCCAGCAGUUGAAGAGUUGUUGCUGAAGCUAUGCAUCCUCUCCUUUCUCCUCCACACCAAUCCUUCAUGUAAUAGGUAAUUCAUAUGGUUCCAAACUGUCUCUAGUUGUCAUUAGUUCUGUAGGAGCAUCAAAACCAAUGGUUAUUUCAUGAAUACAAUAUACAAAAUUUUCUUAAAAAUUGGGAGAAGACUACCUCUUAAUCUAUAAGCCAAACUUUUAGACACAAGGGGUGACCACAGCCAUAUUGUACCAGGCAAAUUUUUCACUUUAAGAAACACUUUUUUUUUUCUCUGUACUUCUAAAUUCCAACUAAAGGAUAAUAGAUAACUUUGUGAAUAUACACAUUAUAAUAUGAAUAAUAAUAUGCUCUUCAUUGGCUGUAUCUGCUCAGAAACAGUAGUCAUCCACUCCCUUCAAGGCAAGGUUUUGCAAGCUCAGCUGUUACCUUACUUCCUACUAUCAAUGUCAAUAAUUUUAGAUCCCUUAAGCCCCAAACAUCCUUCAUAAGUGCAGCUCAAAAGGUGAUGUACCUACUUUCCAUUUCCAAUAUUUCCGUAACCUCUUAACAAGAGUAAUGUUUGCUUCACAUCAGAUAAGUGUUUCUAAAAAAUUGCUUUUGUUUCUUUUUUUAAUAAGAACACAUCAGCUCAACUAUCUCUGCACUUUAGUAGAUUUUAAGUAUGAGAACAAACCAGUCAUUGCCAAAGGAGUGCACGGGUGUUGACUAAGUACAAAAUGAUGGAAGGGCAUCAGAUUGAAAAUGAAUUGUCAGCAGAACUGAAAGUGUGCAUGGGUGAAUUUGCAGAUUUUGCAUGGACCAGGGAUGUAAUUAAAACACCUUUAGGUAUUUGUAUAUAUAUAUACUUAAGUCUGAGUGGCAUAUUAUGUUCUGUUAUGUUAUUGUUCUGAGUUCUUCACAAUGAGAGAAUUAUCAAAAACCAGUAAGACAAGUUCUAAGAUUGUAAUCUAAGAAUUUGAUCUAAGAAAUUGUAAGUACACAUUGCUACAGAUUGAAUGUAAAUACGUGUGGAGAUAGAAUAUUUUGCGGUAUGGGAAACCGAUCCCUCGACUGAGGCUAGAAUGAAUGAGUCUGUGAAAGACAGCUAGGUGCUUGAAAUGUGCAAUGUUUGUCCAUUUAAAUCAAUGGAAAAAUAAACAUUUAAUAUUAUGAUUUAACUUAUUAAACAUAUUUAUAUCUGUGAUAACUGGAAAAGGGCAUAGACUAUGUUCUGUACACUACUAUUUUUGAAAACAGACUGAGAGGAAGUUUGGCAAAUUGUGCCUCAAGAUGAUACAGUAUGGCGAGUUAGAAGUGGUGAUGAUUAAUUCCUCAAUUUUGUGUCGUGGAUUGGUGGUGCUCAUUGCAAUAUGAUCACUGUAAUGGUAAGUUGGAAUGGAAUGUGUGGCUGGCAUUGGCAUUUGAUCAGGUUUGAAUUAAGUCCAAGCUACACAUAUAGUAUACAUCCAACAUACUUUUGUACUGGCUGGAGUUUUGCUCUACAUGAAUGAACAUCAUAUUCACAAAGUAUUUUUAUACAAUCAAUACAUUCCCUAGAACACGUUUGUUUGCACUAAUGUAUAACUCCUGUGUUAAUUUUUUAUACCCAAAAUUUUAGUGUUACAAAGACAUUGCACAUUACCAAUGAUUUUGUGUGCUCUGCAGUUUUUUCUUCAAGCAGAGGGAGAUGAUGUGUGAACAACAACGGAGCAAGACAACAGCCAUGCUAUGAAAGGUGCCUAACUGUUAUCUAUCUUUGAUGGUAGAAACUAUUUUGUUGUAUUAUCCAUUUUGUAAGCAAGUGGUUCAAUUUGCCCUCUAGUUUGAGUUUUACUGUCUUGUUAUUUAUUCUUCAUUAAAACUUUUGAGAUGCUGAAGUUUACUUGCAUUAUGGAAGCAAAAUAAAUAAAAAUUCUUAAAGCAUUGAAGUAUGUAAUAAACCAUACACCUGUGAUAAAGGCAUGUGCUUUUUCUUUUCCAUAUAUAGCUGUAUUUUGUGUAAGACAUGUGUGAUGUGAUCACACAGCCAAGUGUAGAUUAGAUAUUCCACUUCAUUCAGUAUUAUAAAUGCAGGAUGGUUUGCAUUGUGGUUGAAAUAACAAGGGAGUUGAAAUAUACUAUUAUCUCAUCUUAGUUCACAUAUGCAGUAUAAUAUUGUAAAGUUUGAUGUUGAGUAGUUUUUAAUAUAAAAGUUUGGGUGUUAGAUUUCUCGUUAGUGGAGAAUUUAGUACCCAUAGAAGUAGCAUGUAAAAAUCACUGAGUUUUCAGAAUGUUGUGAUGUUUAUCAACAGAUCUUUUAAUAUAAUGAGAAAAAAAUAAUGUUUUGUUUAUCAUUGUUAAUAUAAAUUUGUUUUUGGAAAAUGAAAGAGGUUAAAAUGUUUCUUAAUACCUUUAUAUUUCUUGUUGAUUUUAUUCAAAUAUGUUCUAGCAAUAAAAUUCUUCCACAAUAACGGUUGUUACUAUAAUCAUUCAGCAAAUUUCCUUCUGACUAACAGUGGAAUAUUGUUAACUUCUUAUUCUUCUUCUCAUUGAAGGAUUCACAUAAACUGUACCUCCUGCUUUCUGAGUUUUUAAUUUUUGUUGUUGUUGUUGUUGUAAAUAUGUAUAAAUAGAGCUUUUGUUUAAUUUCAGUUAUCUGCAAAAUAAAUAAUUAUUUCCACAUUAUUACAUUGCAUAUGUGAUAUCUCUGAAGCCAAGCCAUCUUGAUGCCUGAGCCUUAGUACUGAUUCCCAGAGUGAGACUUGCUGCAUUUAUGUGGUGGUUUUCUUAUGCAAAUUUGUUUGGUAAUGUAGUGAAUGUGCAGCACAUCUUACUGUAAGAAACUGAUGAAACUUACUACUUCUGUGAAUGACUCUCAAGUUUUGCUGCACCUACUAUAUGUUGAGUUCUCUUGAAAAAAGUGCUUUGAAUGCAUGUGCGAGUCCAUUAGCAUGAGUCUAAUCAACUAAUGAGAAAUGACCUUUACAUAUUCAAGUAUUAAACUUUUGAAUUUUUUUAUUUUUUAUUAUCACCAACAAAAAUUGAAAUGUUUAAACAAAAAUUAACAUGAUUCAGUUUUAUAAAGUAAAAGAGCAACUCGAUUACAGAAUGAAAAAGGAAAUAAACACAUUCAAUUUCAAUUAAUAUAAUUUCCAUUCUUCACUCCCCCCUGUUCCACAUGCUAAAUGAUUCCUGUUCAUGUCUUAUUUGCAAUGGCCCAUUAAUGUUGUCAUUUAUAUUUGUAGCGAUAUAGUAUGACAACUAGGUUUAAUAUUAUUGGUCGUUUUGCUUAGAGCCUUUAAGUCAUUUCGCUUUCUUUGCCUCUCUUAAUAAAAUUUUGGGUAAUCAACUUAUAGUAUAUUACUAUACUGAUAAGUUGCAUGAACAAUAGUGCUCUUAUAUCACAUGUUAGUAAAAAAUAAAAUAAUAGUUCACUAUUGUCCUUCAAAACCAGCAAACCCAUGUAAAAAUGAAUCUGUAUGAAAUAAAGUUACAUAUUGAAAAUAGUAAUGAUAAAUAUUGGAUACAGUUAAGUAUAUGUUAGUUUGAUAUAUUCUAAUGAUUUUGAAUAUAUAAAUUGUAAGUACCAUAUGUCCAUUUUACAAAUAAAAAUACCACUGAUUUGUAUGUGAAAUCUUCUAAAUAUUGUAUGAAGGUUAAUUGCACAUAGGAUUGAAGGACUCGCAGAUAUAGUGUUAGUCGAAAUGUCAACAGGUCUAUUAGGAGGCUAUUUUAAUCGAAAUAAGCAAAAAACCAUUGGUAAAGCAGCAUACUUGUUAAAGAAUUUAGAAGAAUCAAACUGAAUGUCAUUAUUUUAUGCAGCUGAUAUCUCUAAUGAAACAUGCAUGAUUAAAUUUGUUUCUAUUAGAAUGAACCUGUAUAUACUUCGUGAACAUCUGUGGUGACUACUGCCUGCAAUGUGAAUGUUUUUAAAUACUUGACGUAUGUUGUUUAGAUCUCUGAAAGUCUUUUAGCCUCUGUGAAGAGUAAAAUAAAAUAACAACCCCAACCCUGCAUUGUUUACAUCAUCUCAAAGUAAUGUUUAUAAUGAACAAGCCCUAGAAGAAAUAGUUCUUGAUAAUUUCAAAAAUAAUUGUAAAUAUGUCUGCAAUAAGAUUCUUCAAUAAAAGUACUUCUCAGGACUGUGUGUUUUUUUCAAGUACAGAAAGGGGAA